AUGACCAUCGAAGAAAAAGCCAUCAACGAAAUUGACAUGCAGGAGAAACUGCUCGAAGAUCUGGAAAAAAGCAAAACUCUCCCAUUAUGGAUGCAGAUGGCUCGAUUGAAUCCACCAGAGCCCAAUCCUACUACAGUCCCUUUUGUCUGGUCAUACAAGUCUAUUCGACCUAAUCUGCUUCGAGCUGGGAAACUUGUCACAGAGAAACAGGCUGAACGAAGAGUAUUGAUGCUGAUCAAUCCAGCUCGAGAUGCACCGUAUACAACAGACACACUGUAUGCAGGCCUACAGCUUGUCAUGCCAAACGAAACAGCCCCAGCCCAUCGCCAUACCGCAUUCGCCAUGCGCUUUAUUAUAGAAGGGCAUGGAGGCUUCACGGCAGUCCAUGGAAAGCGGAUUCAAAUGCAGCGAGGCGAUGUCAUCCUAACGCCAACAUGGAAUUACCAUGACCAUGGCAAAGACGGUUCCGGGCCGAUGAUAUGGCUGGAUGGACUGGAUCUUCCCAAUUUUCGACACUUUCCUGUGCAUUUUGUCGAGCAUUUCAAUCAGCCUCGAUAUCCUGCUGAAAAUGUUGAUAGCGAGACUUCGCCCAUUGUCUUUUCGUGGUCAAAAAUGAAGGAUCAACUUGACAGCGUGGAUGGGGACUGGGCUUCGCAACGCUAUCUCCGAUCUGAUGGUCGUGAAGUGAGUCGAAUCCUGGGUGGUUGUGCCGAAAGACUCAAUGAGGGCAGCUCCUCACCAUCUCGUCGCGAAACCACUUCUGCCGUAUACCACGUCAUCACUGGCAGUGGUUACUCAAUAAUUGGAGAACAGAAGCUUGUCUGGGAGAAAGGAGACACGUUCUGUAUCCCAUCUUGGUAUAAAUACCAGCACUUUGGAGACUCGGGGGAGACGGUUUACCUAUAUCGUUUUGAUGAUAAGCCGAUGAUUGAUGCUCUGGGGUUUUAUCGAUCAGAGGAUACAGAUGUGGAGGCUCUUGUAGAGAAUUAG